GGAGGAUGUAUAAACCCCGAAUGAGAGGCACCCCCAGUGUUGUGAGUGGGCUCAGAGGGGUGGGGAGACACAUAGCAUACUAUAACGACAUCUUACAGAGAUAUGGGUCUAUUCUGGUUUGCUGUGUGUCUGUGGAGCUGCUGUGGCGUGUCUGUGUCCCAAGACUUUGGAAGAGUAGUGUCUCACCCAGGAGAUGUCAUGAUCGGCGGGCUUUUCCCUAUUCACAAAAAUGUUUCAAAGGAGACACAUGGCCUUAUUACAAAUUGUUCUGACAUUGACGUGACCAUGUUAAUCCGUGCCCAAGCCAUGAUAUACGCCAUCGAAAAGAUCAACCACUCAGAUCUGUUGCCAAAUGUGUCCAUCGGCUAUAAAAUGUAUGACACUUGUGGGGAUGUAUCUAUGGCAACAAGAGGAACGUUAAAACUCCUUGAGCAGUCCCAUGGGAAUAUGUGUCCUCUCUUGGAAGAGAUCCCCGGCACAGGUGCGGAGGGGGUCAAGGUGGUGAUCGGAGAGAGAGACUCUGAGACCUCGACUGCUGUGGCCCGCUUGCUAGCGCUCCCCAAAGUAGCACAGAUUAGCUACGCCUCGACGAGUGAGCUACUGAGCAGUAAAACUAAGUUCCCCUCCUUUCUCCGCACCGUCCCAAGUGACGAACAUCAGACCAACGCCAUGGCUCUGUUUGUGAAAGACCAAAAGUGGGACAUAGUAGGUGUCAUUGGAAGUGAUGAUGAAUACGGCAGAUAUGGCUCUGAGACCCUCAUCAGUCUCUUCAAUCGAAAUGGAGUCUGCAUCGCAUUCAAGGAGAUUUUACCAGCCGAGUUCGUUCAAAACGAGACAAUCACUAGGACGGAACUGAAAAAGAUCUUCAUGAAGAUAGAAACAAAUCCAACUGAAGCUAUUGUGAUUUUCACCAAAACGAAAAAUGUGAAGGUCAUCUUACAGGAGGCCAUCAACCGUAGGGUGCACAGGACCUGGUUGGCCAGUGAUUCCUGGUCCACCUCCACAGAGAUAUGUGGACUGAAUAACAUCGCACAGAUUGGCAGAGUCAUUGGUUUCAUAAGCAAAAGAAAUCAAAUCCCAGAUUUUAAGAAGUAUGUCCGUCAGUUGGUAUCCCCAGAGAGAAACAGCGGCGGAGACAGGAGCUUUCUCUUGAACUACCUGUCCAGGUAUCCCUUGUGCUCUCAUGGCCAAGGAGAUAGUUCUUCAUCGUGCGUAGCCAGCCAAUCUGGGCAGAAGUGUCUGCAGUUGCGCUGCUUAGAAGAUUUUAUUGACCAUGAUGACUCUUAUAGUGUUUAUCUAGCUGUGAAUGUAAUAGCCCAUGCCUUGAACAGUCUUCUGCAGUGCCACACUGGAUGCAAAGGAAGCACAUCCUUUCCUGCCAGGGAGCUGUUGGAAGAGAUCAAGAGAGUCAACAUUACAGUGGACAGAAACACUCACAUAUGGUUUGAUGAGAAUGGAGACCCCAGUACUGGGCAAGAGAUUCUUCAAUGGAGGUGGAACAUGGAACCUUCAACGGUUCACAUCAGCUCCAUUGGAGAGUAUGACACUUCAGGAACCAUAAAGCUAAACACUAAUCUCACCGUGGACAAAUUCUUCAAAGAAACAAACUGCUCAAAAUCCUGUGAGCCAGGCUACGAGCUUAAACGGUUAAAGAACUCCUGCUGCAAAACGUGUCAUCAGUGCAGAAACAAGUCUUUCUCUAAAGGGGAUGGAGAGGAGUGCCAGCCCUGCUCCAGCAGUCUGCAGUAUGCAUCUCCAGACGGGGCCCGCUGCCUGAACAAGACCGUGUCCUUCCUCAAGUGGUGGAGCGGCUGGUCCGUAGCCCUGCUGCUGUGCGACGGCCUGGGCGCCCUGCUCACGCUCCUGGUGGCGCUGCUGUUCUUCCUGCAGAGGAGCACGCCCAUCGUGAAGGCGGCCGGCGGCUACCUGUGCUUCCUGGCCCUGCUGUCCCUGCUGGUCUGCUUCGCCAGCGUGGCUGUGGGCCUCAGCGAGCCCACCGACCUCACCUGCAAGGUGGAGAUGCCGCUCUUCCUCCUGGCGUUCACCCUCUGCGUGGCCUGCAUCCUGGCCAACCUGCUGCAGGUGUGCGUGGGCUUCAGCUUCAGCGUGACCAUGACCGGCGCGCUCAAGAGACUCAACAGGCCGGCGCUGGUCACUUUCGUCUGCUUCGGGGGUCAGGCGGUGCUGUGUUCACUGUGGGUCAUCUUUUGGCCCCCAAACAGAAUCACAAAGGAUGACCUUGAAACCCGGAUCAUAGUUGCAUGCUGUAAAGGCUCCAUGUUGCUGUGCGUGGCUGUGUUUAUGUACGUCUGCCUGCUUGCUGUGGUAUGCUUCGCAUUUGCCUACAAUGGAAGGCAACUCCCAGACCUGUAUAAGAAUGCUCGAUACGUUGCCGUGAGCAUGCUGGUCUAUCUGGUGGUGUGCCUGCUCUUUCUGCCGUUCUACCUCAGCUAUGUUACCAGGUACGGCCAAGGCAUUAAGGCUUGUGCACUCCUGCUGAUUACGUACAGUGUCCUGAUCUGCCACUUUGCUCCUAAAUGCUACAUCAUGUUGUUUAGGAAGGAGCUGAACGACGAGAGUGCCCUAGCAGAGUACAUACGAAACCAUUUCAACCAAAAGAGCAUAAGGGUCUUGAGCUCCUAAGGCCCUGUUAGUCUACAAUGCACAGUGCAUUGAAGAACAUUGUUCUAGAGAUGCAAGACUUUUGCAUUAUUAUUAUUAUUAUUAUUAUUAUCAUUAUUAUUAUUAUUUACUCUUUUUGUGCUCUUUAUAGGAGCUUUUGCAUCAUUGUUUAAAUAUAGGAUACCUAGGCUACUGCACAACAUAAGCAUGCCAAAAUGCUGGCUGAUCGCCUCAGAUU